ACCCGUGUGCGCCCCGAAGCACCCAGGCCAGCCUCAUGGCUGCGGGCUGUGCGGACUCACCGCGGCCCAAGGCGGCCUCCGAGAGGCCCGUGGCGAGUCAGGCCGCGGUUCUGCCGUGCCUGGAGCUGCCGAGCUAUGCCGCGGCGUGUGCGCUGGUGAGCAGCCGCUACUCCUGCCUGGUGGCCGCGCCGCACCGCAGGCACAUCGCCCUGUCGCCGCGCUACUUGAGCAGGAAGCGCACGGGCAUCCGCGAGCAGCUGGACGCCGAGCUCCUGCGCUACUCCGAGAGCCUUUUAGGUGUUCCUAUUGCAUAUGAUAACAUCAGAGUUGUGGGUGAACUGGGAGAUAUUUUUGAUGAUCAAGGUCACAUUCAUCUUAACAUUGAAGCAGAUUUUGUUAUUUUCUGUCCUGAACCAGGACAAAAGUUAAUGGGUACAGUUAAUAAGGUAUCCUCCAGCCACAUUGGCUGUUUAGUACAUGGGUGUUUCAAUGCCUCUAUCCCUAAACCCGAGCAAAUGUCAUAUGAGGAGUGGCAAACAUUGGAGAUAAAUGUAGGCGAUGAGCUGGAAUUUGAUGUAUUCCGCUUAGAUUCAGAUUCUGCUGGAGUAUUCUGCAUUCGAGGAAAGCUAAAUACCACAAGUUUGCAGCGUAAGAGCUCUGUAUUGUCUAAAGAUGUAGCAGAAACUGGCAGUGAAGAGGUUGUUGAAAAAAUUUCAAAGAAAAAAAAGAAGAAGAAAGACACAGUCGAUAGUGCCACAGAACUAGCAGAGGUUACAGAUGUUACUCCAGUGGAAGAAACAGACCUACCGUGUAGUGACAAUGUGAAUGACUUCUUUGAGGAAGAGCCAAAGAAGAAGAAAAAGAAGAAGAAAAGACACCAGGAAGAUCAGGACCCCAUUUUCCAAGCCAGUGAUUCCAGUGGCUACCAAAGUGACCAUAAAAAGAAAAAAAAGAAAAGGAAACACAGUGAAGAGGCUAGCCUUGAGUCACCUAAGAAGAUGCAGUGAUUGUCUUUUUGUUGUUAAUGUGUUUAGAUACCCUAGAUGAACAGAGAUUUUGAAUGGUAGGAAAUGUUUAGAUAUUUGUUCACAAGCAAAUACUUGAUUAGUAAUUGAAGGGUUUUAUACUAAAAUCAUACAACUGACUUAAUUUUGGAUAGUACUAUUAUUACUGAAGUGUGAUUUUAUUACAAUUCAGUAUAAAAUGUUAACAAAUGCUUUAACUCCUGACUCAUGUUCAUGCUCUACAUAAAAUUUAAAUUAUCAGCAUUUGCCAAAGAACUUUAUAGUACUUAUAAUUAUUUUUUCUGAUAAUAAUAACUUUUGCCCUUAGGAUGGAUGGAUGGAUAUAUAUAUAUAUAUAUAUAUAUAUAUCUCAAUAAGUUUACCCAUUUUAAGUUUCCUUUAAAUAGUAUUUCUAUUUUCUUUAAGAUGUAUAGCUAAAGACUAUCUGGACCUCUCAUACCGUGUGGCUAUCAGUGUGAAUGUAUGGUGGGUGGGGUAGAAACUCACUGUUUCCUACCAGAAGAUGUGUGUGCUCUAUUUCUGAGACUGUAACGGAAAGGGCUGUUAAUUUUUACUUUGUGUUUCAGCAGUCUAUUUUUAUUAUGAAUGGAUCAUGAGCAAGAUGAAGACAGGAUGAAUAUGGUUCUUGCUAGUUGAAAAUUUUCAGUAAAGUUUUAAUGAUGAGGGCUAGACUACUAUACUUGCUUUGAGGAGACAGCCAUUAUUGCUUUUAUUGAUUAAAAAUGUGGAACAUGUUGUGCCUAACCAGAAAAUGGUGAUGAGAAUAAAUUGGUUGAGGCUCAAAAUCAA